AUGCCAAAACAAGGUCGAAAGCGACUGCCCCCAAGUACUGCUCCUGGGGAAUUCUGCACAUAUCUCGAUAUUCGUCUGACGAAAACAGAGAAAAAUCUCCUGCAGAAUCCACCCUUUAUUCAUACGCUACCGUUGGAAAGAUUACUGGAUCCAACACCCUCCCCGCGUUCGAGACGCCGUGCCAAUUCAUCCAAGGCGCCGCGGCCACAGAAUGCAUUUAUAUUGUAUCGCAGAGAUUUUGUAGAGCGAGUGGCUAGAACGAGCCAAAAAAUGUCGCUGAAUAAUAUCUCGAGGCAAGCGUCCGAGAGUUGGAAUAACGAAAGCGUCGAGGUACGACACUACUUUAUUGUGUUGGCUGACUUGUGCAAGAAGAGGCACGCAGAGAGAUUUCCAGGAUACAAGUACUCGCCGAGACAGAAGAAGGAUAAGGACGAGAGAGAUAAUGUUGUAUCAAGCCAGAUUGCACACGAGGCUCAGUUUCAAUUUAUCCCAGCAUUACAAAACUCUCCUUCGCCUUCGUUGACAUACGAGUCACCCUCGUCGAUGUCACUAUCUCCCAACACAUCCGAAGUCUCGUCACCACUACUUCAUACGGUUAACCCGUGCAUGUACGUUGAAAAUGGGCCCAUGGUAUAUAAUCCUAGUUGUAUCAGUUACGAGACGCUUCUUUUCUGUGAUAUGGGAUUGGCUCCGACACCAGACUCGUAUAGCAUGGGUCAGUCUCACGAUCCAAGUUACAACAUUAUGGAAUAUAUGCCUGAAUUUUCUGCGCAGCAGGCACCAAAUGUUGAGUCUUGGGCCAAUGACAGUAUUAACACAAAUGCGUGUGAAGAUAUCAAUGAAAAUGAUUAUUUUAUUUUUUGA